AUGGACAGUUUGUUCAGGCAAUUGAGGACAAGGUCUCCCUACGUAGGGCAGGAAGAUAAAGAAGGCAGCAGCAGGGAGAGCACUAUACCACUCCAGAAAACUCAAUCAUUCAAAGGAGAGAAAAAAAGGACCCCGAGCUGGAUAAAGAGGCAGUUUUCAGGAUCAAUGGGGCAGGAUAGUGAUUCCAUCGCUGAAGGAGAGUAUCAACUCGCAGUUGCAGCCGCGGCUUUUGCUGUCAAAUCUCUUGAAGAAUCAAAAGGCAGAGAUGCGAGAAAGGGAAGUCGACUUCCAGAGAAAGAGACCGUGAGGAAGACAGAGGAAACAACAGCUCCUCCUCCUCCUCCUCCUCUUCCUCCCCCGCCUGCUGAACGACGCACAAAAUCAAUAAAAUUUUCAGACGACGUUCCAAAGCCAAGCUUAGGCAUUCCAGAUCAGAGGGUGCAUAUUACAACAGGAGCAACAGAGAAAAUGCCUGAAACAGCGGCAGUUAUCCCUCCUGCUCCACCAGUCAAGAAAAAGCUUUCUUUUGCGGAUAGUAACUUGAACACCACAUCUAGUUUUCUACCUCAAGGUACAUUGCCUGAUGAGAAGCCCAUUCGCCCAUCCAUUAAAAAGACGUCCACCUUUGAUAAGACUGUGGACAGGACGAGAAGUAGAAAAUCAGAGGCUUCAGAACAAAAGCGUGAGGUUCCCUCCCCUGUUCGGCCACCAUUUCUACCAGCUGAUAUCGUGAGCCAGAGCACCAAGGCUCCAGUCAAAGGGGACAUUGAUGCAGACACAUGGGAAAAGAAUGAACUGGCUAGCAUACACGAAAGGUAUGCCAAGUUAAAGACCAAAAUUCUUGACUGGGAACAGAAGAAGAAAACCAAGGCAAAACGCAGACUAGAAAGAACUGAGGCUGAACUUGACAAGAGAAGGGCAAAGGCAAUGCAGCACUACAAGAGCGAACUUGCGAGUAUUGAAAGCACUGCUGGAGGAGCGAGAUCACAGGCCGAGGAAAAUAGGAAAAAUGAAGAGUUUAAGACGAAAGAGAAAGCAAACAAGAUCAGAUUAACGGGUAAACUCCCGACAACAUGUUGGUGGUUUUGA